AUGUCCUCGGGAUUGACGCGACGCCGCGGUGCGGGCGGCGCAGGACCUGCGGCUGAGGGCGAUUCCAGCAACGGCACUGCCCCUAGAACGAGCACACCAAGCGCCAGGGACAACGGACCCGAGACAAGCUACGAGAGCACAGAAAAUGGCCACAAGAUCGCAUUCGACCCUCGCGACAUCAGUGAGAGCGCCGAGCGGAGCAAGCAGCCGAAGCUCACCCUCAUGGAGGAGGUCUUGCUACUUGGCCUCAAGGAUAAGCAGGGCUACCUCUCUUUCUGGAACGACAACAUCUCUUACGCCCUUCGAGGAUGCAUUGUCAUCGAACUGGCCUUCCGUGGUCGCAUUGCAAUGGAGAAGGAUGCUUCAAGACGCCGAUUCCCCCUCGCAGACCGCAACAUCGAGGUCAUAGACGACACCCUUACUGGCGAGGUUCUUCUCGACGAGGCUCUCAAGAUGAUGAAGCAGAGCGAAAAGAUGAGCGUCGCAACCUGGAUUGACUUGAUGAGCGGCGAAACCUGGAACUUGAUGAAGAUCGGAUACCAGCUCAAGCAGGUUCGAGAACGGCUCGCAAAGGGCCUGGUCGACAAGGGCAUCCUCCGUACCGAGAAGCGCAAUUUUCUCCUUUUCGACAUGGCAACUCAUCCCGUCGCCGACGGUGGUGCUAAGGAGGAGAUCCGCCGCCGGGUUCGCAACAUCCUUACCCAACGGACCGUCGUCCUCAAUGGUAGCCAAUUCCUCCCCGAGUCGCUCGAAUUCCGUUAUAUGCGCAGCAUCGCCAUGGUUUGCGCCGCCUACGCCGCUAAUGUCCUCGAGAACGCCCUCGCAUCCCUUGGCCACGAGGCAAGGGAACGGGCUUUUGCGCAGACUGAUGAUUUACUCGCCGACUACAGCCAAUGGCCUUUCGGCAAGAAGGCCACACAGAACGGCAUUGGUGCCAACUUGCCUCAACUCAUUAACGAGGAGGUCAAUAGCGGCAAGGACAAGGAGCUCCAGCUUGAGGUGGUUGCAGCUUGCUUGAGUGUCUUCACUAGACUCGACUCUCUCCUAUAG